UAUAUAUACAUAUGCUUGGCUUUUCUUUUGUUUCACUUUAAAUUUCUAAUCAUAUCCAUUGGUCUCUUAUAUCUCAAGACAAAAGCUCACACUCAUCUAAUAAUCUUCGAGGAGCUUCUUAGAUUCAGCUCUUAUGGAUCAUUUGUUACAGCAACAGGAUGUUUUUGGGAAUUAUAACAAAGCAAGAGAAGCCAUGGGAGUAACAUGUUUGUCAAACCCAACACAAUUAGACCACGAUCAGAAAAAACCUUCUCCGGCAACUGGGGCGGCGAGGCCACAGCCAGCGGAGCUCUCUGUGAGAUGUCCACGUUGCGACUCAACGAACACAAAGUUUUGCUACUACAACAAUUACAGCCUCUCUCAGCCUCGCUACUUCUGCAAAUCAUGCCGGAGAUAUUGGACCAAAGGCGGAACCCUAAGGAACAUUCCCGUUGGAGGCGGCUGCCGGAAAAACAAACGGUCAACGACAAGAAGCCUCCGAACCACCCCGGAACCAGCGUUCUCAGCGGCGAGUCUCGGUGGGUUUAGUAACAAUGACCACAUUGAUCUAAGCUUAGCCUUUGCAUUGCUGAACAAGCAACCUCCGGGGAGUUCUUCACAGGUAGGGUUCGGUAGCUCUCAUCCGUCUGACGUGGAGAGUGUGUUUGGAACAACUCAGCAAAAGGGAAACGCUGUCUAUGCGUUUGGAACCGGGAGCAGCGGUUUGGAUAUGGCCAUGAGUGAUCCAAACAAGGUCUUAUGGGGGUUUCCGUGGCAGAUGAAUGGAGACAGCUUUGGGAUGAUGAACAUGGGAGGAGGUGGUCAUGUAGAUCAGCUUGAUUCAGGGAGAGAUAUUUGGACCAACAUGAACUACAUUAAUUCUGGUGCAUUGAUGUAGUUCAACUUAAAACCUCAAUUUUAUUUGGGGUUUAAUUUAGGGUUUGAGUUUCAUAUAGUUACUGGGAGGAAAGAUGGGGAUAGCAUGAUAUAUAAUUAUGGAAAUAUAGAUAUAUUAGGGCUCACUCUUUCAAAAGAGUUUCAAACUUGCAAUAUGGGGUGU